GCAGCAUGUGAGAGCCUGGGCCAGCACACGCCGGGGCCAGCGAGCCCAGGGAACCUUGCUCAGGGAAGCAAGAUGGAGAACCCACUUCUUUUAUUCCCCCAACUGAACAUUUCUGCUCCCAAGGACAAAGGCUAUUACAAGAAGGCAGUGAUGAAGGAAGAGCCACAGAAGGCAGGCAAGGCUGGAACCAAGCAGAAGAGAAACAGGCUGAGCCUGCUCCUGCAGAAACCUGAGUUCCAUGAGGAGGAUCACCUUGGCAAACCUGGGAACUUGCCAAAAGCAGCAAGCAGUGUGUCUCCUGAAGAAGCAGUGAAAUGGGGAGAGUCUUUUGACAAGCUGCUUUCUGAGAAAGCUGGGCUGGAUGCCUUCACAAAGUUUCUGAAAACUGAGUUCAGCGAGGAGAACAUCGAGUUCUGGAUAGCCUGCGAGGAUUACAAGAAAAGCAAAAGUGCACAUGAACUCCUGCCAAAAGCCAAGACCAUUUUUGAGACAUUCAUACAGAAAGAUGCUCCAAAAGAGGUGAAUUUGGACUUUCACACCAAGGAGGUCACAAGCCAGAGCAUGGGGCAGCCGGGUCGCAGCACCUUCGAGGCGGCACAGAGCACGGUGUACAGGCUGAUGGAGCAGGACAGCUACCCUCGCUUCCUGAGGUCUGCUCCCUACCUGGGAAUGCUGCAGGGCAGGGCCCCCGCCCGCGCCCCGCUCCGCCGGCGCUCCCGCUCCUUCACCGUCAGCGACUUCAAGGGUGCGCGCCCAAACCCCGCCCUGUGGUGACAGCAGAGCCAAAAUAUCUCAUUUUAUAUAUAUAUAUAUACAAAUAUAAUAUCUGAUAUUAUCCAUUAGAUCUCCUGCUCCUUCACCGUCAGCGACUUCAAGGGUGCGUGCCCAAACCCCGCCCUGUGGUGACAGCAGAGCCAAAAUAUCUCAUUUUAUAUAUAUAUACAUAUAUAAUAUUUGAUAUUAUCCAACAGAGCUCCUGCUCCUUCACCACCAACGAUUUCAAGGGUGCACGGCCAAGCCCUGCCCUGUGGUGACAGCAGAGCUCCAAUGUCUCACCAAGUGCCAUUUGAUGUUAUCCAGUAGAGUUCCCACUCGUUCACUGCCAGUGAUUUCCAGGGCAUGCUGCAGGACCUCGCUCCAUGGUGACAGCAGAGCCCAAAUGUCUCCCAAAGUGCCAUUUGAUGUCAUCCAACAGAGCUCCCACUCCUUCACCAUCAAUGAAUUCCAGGGUGCAUGGCCAGAGCUCACCCCGUGGUGACAACAGAGCUCAAAUAUCUCAUUAAAUGCCAUUUGUUAUUAUCCAAUACACCUCCUGCUCCUUCACCAUCAAUGAUUUCCAGGGCACGCUGCUGGACCUCACCCCGUGGUGACAGCAGAGCUCAAAUGUCUCCUAAAAUGCCAUUUGAUGUUAUCCAACAGAGCUCAGCCCUCCUCCAUCCCAGCUCCUGCAGCAACCUGGGUGUGCUUCUAACCCCAAACCCUCAGCAGCUGUAACUAAGCAGUAAAGCAAAAUAAAAUGCACUUCCACCAGGCCAGAGUCUGGAGCACAAUCUCACUUCUGUAGAAGAGUAGGUAACGUACUGGUGAGUCACAGCAUGCAGAGAUUUCAUACAGGAAUAUUUUUUAAAACUCAGGCAAAAGCUGUGAUCACAUUUUGGGGAAAAAUUUGAAUUUCCUGCUUUAAAAAGUCUCAUAAAGUGCCAUUUGAUAUUAUCCAACACGUAUUCUGUGUCUGUACCAUUUAGGCCAGAGUUUCAUCACAGUUAGAAUCUCUGUAUCCAGUCUUUGCACAUAUUUAUGUUU